UUUUUUUUUUUUUUUUUUUUUGCAGCUCUCACUUCAACGUCACUGACAACUGUGGGACAAAAAUGUCGUUGCACGUAGAAGAUAUUCAUAAGCGGCCGAAGGGCAUUCUCAAAAACUCCAGCUCCCAUCACCACCUUCAAGGCACUUACGAUGAGCACUCCCCGCCCUUCGUUCCAACUACCGUUGACACUAAAGAACUCACUCUCCACAACACUCUUCAAAAUGCCGGGCGUCGCCACUCCUCGUCCUCUCGUCGGACCUCCCUCGCCAGUUCCCACGGGCAACAUGAUGAGAACUCCCCGCGCUUAAAAUGGGAUGAAGCAAACCUGUACCUAACUGAGCAGGAACGCACGGCAAAGAUGAAAAUCGACGAGCCCAAGACCCCCUAUGCGCCACACUACGAUCCGACCGAGGACGAGGAAGAAAUGCGGCUCGCGGAGGCGCAGGAGAGUCUGAUCGAUGCGCAGGGCUUGGUUGUUGACGAACUAGAUCGCGAUAAACCCGAAAUUGCGGCUGCGGCUCAUAAGCGAGUCAUGGAAGAUGAUAUUCCGGAGCUGGAGCUGGGGGAGCCGGAGGAGGAGGUGAUUGGGGGGGGAGUCGCGCAUGCGAUUGCGGGCGAUGGGAGUGAUCGAAUCACCCGUGCGCGCAGCUUGAGCAAUGAGUCGCAUCGCAGCGAUAAGCAUGUCGUUGUGGGAACAGACCAAGUGAACGGGGACGAUGGGGAGGUAAGCAAGGAUGGGCUGAUGACAACUGCUGAGACGAAGGAAAAGCAUCGGCAAUUUGAGCAGCAAAGGCGGAGACAUUAUGAGAUGCGGAAUAUUAAGGAGCUCCUAGCACAUCCUGAGGUUGAUGAAAUGGAGGAAGAUGAAGUAGACGCUGACGAAGAAGAAGAAGAAGAAGAACCCACCUCUGGUGUUUCACCUCCGAUGCCUCAGAUUCCCGAACGUUUUUUGAACGGGACCAUGUAAGCAGAACAGCUGCGACGGUUGGCAUGGUUGCUUUUACGAUUCGAUGUAUAUUCCCCAGCGCGUUUGUUCGGAUGUCUUGUUAUUUGCUGGUUGAGACGUGAAACGACGAGGCAGGACGAGGAGCCUCUGAUUUCGUACUACUUAAUUGCUUGAGUUAAAGAUCUUUUGCUUCUGGUCUGGAUUGUUUUGGAUGGUUAUUUGUGAUGAUAGAAGACGACCUUCUGGUCGAUGCCUGCAUGUCUACUAAACGGAUGGAAUGAGCAAUCUACCUACGCUACUACGUUUCCCCAUUUCUGCUCUCACGGAGUAUUGGAUGAGCAGAUUUGUGUUUUAUACAGAGUACGCAAGGAAGCUGACUGGAUCGUAUCGAUCUGCAGAAGAUAAAAUUAAUUAAUUAAUGUCAGUCAGGAGAACUCCAA